CCGUAACUGAUCGUAGAUUUACCAGUCAGCAGUACUUGCAGUUCAAACAGCCGCCGUGAUUCGCCCGAAAGACUCAAGGCGCCCGGAGACGUGUACGUGUCUUGCGAAACGGUCCAUGGAUUUCGCGCCUUCAGCUGCAAUUUCUUCAGUAUUUUUGCGGCCGCCAACUUGCCGUUCGUUCCAACGCCACCCGCAUGCCUCGUGCCAAGGCGGACAGGAGUCUCCCCUGGACUCGCCCUGUGCACAAAUAGAGUUUUGAGGUCGGUCAGACAGCCGCCUUUGCAUGUGACCCCUAUUCUUAGACAGGCGCCGUUCUCAGCUGCCUCAAACGCGAGUGUCUCUUUCACGCAGCGCUCGACCUCGUUCUCACCUUACCUCAUAUCCUCCAUCAACUCCUUCCUUUUGCUUCUCCCCAGUUAUGAGAAACGGCCAACCGAGUUCUUCAUGAGUGCUGCGCACCACCGCCCGAUUGGACUGCUGAAGACAGCUGAAGGUGUCACACAUCAAAUCCUUCGCCAUCAAGGUUAUUCCACAUAGGUUUUAUUGUAGGCGUUUCGGGGUACGCAAGAGAGCUAGAUCGAUUCUUCCCUGCUUUGCGCGAUGGCGAGUCGGCUCUCCGAGUCUCGUCUGCGUAGGGGGAAUGAGGAGAAAGACGCCCCAUCGUUCAGUUCCUGUCCUCCCGCGUCCGCAGACUCUCCGGCAGAACCGUUGAGCUUCGCGAGCGACCUCGAUAAGGCGCCUUCCGCGGAGCACCGUCUGCCUCCGCUUUUCCCGACCCACCUUCCUCUCGCUUCGCCCUCUUCCUCCACGCUCCAGCCGUUCUACUCCGCGUCACCUGGAGAGGACUUUUUGCCGUGGCUUCGCGAGACGCGUCUCGCCUUCUCGCUGACCGAAGACGACCAUGUGACUGAGGAGACUCCUGAAAGUCACGUCGCAGCAGAGAAGAGCGGCGACGCGGAAAGACUGGGAAAAGCUGUGCGAGGCGCUCUGGGCCCCUGUCUGUCUCGUGAAGACGCCAGUACACCGGAGACAGCAGAGACAGUCGAGAGACCCAAGGGAAAUGCCCACACGGAAGAACAAGACAGACACAAUCUUUGGGCGUUGCUGAGCACAGACGAAGGUGAUGGACACGCGCAGAGAAGGGUGCGAAGCGCAGGCGAGGAACGCAGAGACGUUUCGGGAAGAAGCGGGUGGGGCGAGGGAGCCCAGAAGCGCGAGGCGGCACACGGCGACUGGGAGCAGAGACCUACAGAAGAGAUGUUCGGGGCUUUCGACGCGUAUGCAGCCUCUGCAGAGGACCCGUUCAGUGCCUCGAAAGAAGCGGGCGAAUCUCUCGGAAAUACAGAGGCGGGAAAUGUUGGGAAGGAGCGCGGACCGGAAAAGGCCAACGCGCGCGUCGGCAUCCCUCUUGAAAUUUUUGGGUGCCAUGACACCACAACCAUACAAGACAUUCGCCUUAUGCUCAUGAGGAGCCAGACAGAUCCCGCCGUCUCCCAGAAGGUCGUCUACAACCUCAAGGCCCGAGAGAGCGUCAUUGAACAGGUGGUGGGGCACUUGGCGUCUCUGUUGGAGGGAACGAUGGCGAUUCACCACGGCGAGGUGGCGCCAAUGAAAGAGGCCUCUAUUCUCGAGGCUCCAGAGGCAGCGGCUGUCCCAUUCGCCUCUCCUUUCUUCACUUCGCCUGAACUCUCCAGCUCAGAUCGUCCUGCCUCGAGCUGUCUGUCAAGGGGCCUUGACGAAAGGCGAGCCAAAGAAGCAGGAACCAGAGAAGAGGCGGACGUCGAGCGAAGGGACAGGGGCAGUUGUCCACUCUCGCCUGUCGCUUUCCCACCCCAUCUGGCGCACGUUCCGGAGUCCCCUGGUCACGAAGAGAGUGACAAGGCGGAGGACUCUUCCCUGGCUUUUUCUCUGUCGUCUGUCUCCCCCGCGUACUUGUCUCCUUUCGCGUCUUCGCCUCCCUCGUGCCUCAUGUCCCCGUCGUCCGCGACGAGCCCGAGACCGCGGCGCGACGCAGACUGGGGAGAAGAAGAGACAGUUGAACAGGACCGAGACAGACAUGCGUCGACCGCCAAUGUUGCUGGAACUCCGCCUGGCGAACGGGAGGAGAGAGCAGAGGAGACGAGCGACAGCAAGCUCUCGGACCAGGAGCGCGGGGAGAGCGAGUCUUUGCUCGCAACCAGAGAUCAAGAAAAUGGAAAGAACGACGAAGAGGAGGGUCGUCCAAAGAGUGGCGUCUCUGCUCGUGUUUCGCUCGCAGAAUGGGAAAAGGCCCUUCAGAAUCACGGGGCGAAAGUCGCCUUUCUCACGCAACUCAUGCAGCACGUGGAAACUCUACUGGUUGGCCAGAGUGGCAGGGAUGCUCUCGGCAAAAACACUGUGGAGAACCGCGACGCAGAAAAUCUGGAAUUGGGAAGAUCAAACGCAAACCUUCCGACGAGAGACGUGAGCACCGAUCUCGUGGAGUUGCUUCGGGCCUCCUGUCUCGCCCACCAGGCAGCCCUCGCCGAGCUCGUCAGUCUGGCCGAGAGAGUUCGAGUUAAGACCCGCGGGUGUCGCGCCGGGAGGCACAAGCGACCCGCGGCGCCUACGUUGCCUUCUUCGCCGGAGACUGGGUGGGCCCCGUCUGGGCCAGGAGGCCCCGCGGCUGUUUCGCCUCUUUCUCUCUCUCCGCGCGCCUCUGCUCCCUGCCGAGUCUCCACCUCGCUGCACCAACGAGCCCGAUCGGCGCCUCGACGCUCUGAGGCCGAGCGAGAAAAGGAGGGGGGCCUUCUGUCCGAACUUCUCUCUCGACUGCCUGUCUCCACUCUUGGGAAGCAGGGAUCUCAACGCGAAGAAAUCUCUCUCCUCAACGAGCAAGCCAUGCGCUCGCGGUGUACCUACUGCUCGCCGCCACGGGGCUCCUCGUCUCCAGCCCCGCAGCCAUCGACUCCUUCGAAUGUUUCGGGGCCGACGGGGGGCUGUUCCUCGUGUCCACCGUCGCCUCCGGUGGGGCCUGCUGUCGCCUCUCGAGAGCCUGUCCCCGCGCAUGCAGCGGCGGCGCCGCUGGGACCCGUAGGCCCCCCGCGGCCCCCGGGUUUUCCUCGGAGUCCGCCGCUCGCGCCUCUGCCGCCGCCAGGCGAGGCGCGCGGGCCUGGUGCACGCUUGGGCGCGGCGACUCCAGAGGCGACUCGGAGCAAUGCGCAGGCGAUCCCGUUCUCCUUCGGGCCAACUGACUCGCGCGCGGGGAGUCGUCGCGUCCCGCCGCCCCCGCCAUUCCCACCGCCCCACACUGUCUCCUUUUCGCCCCUCCCGCGAGGGUGCGCCUAUUCUCCACCCGGGGUUGGGUGGUCGGGGCCCGCGUCUGUUUCCUUGACCUGCUCGCCGCAGCGACGGCGGCCGCCCUCGCCCCCGCCGGCUGGGGCUGCAAGCCCGAGGGCCUAUAGCCCCAUCGAGGGUUUCCGACCGCCGUCGCCCCCUCGCGGGCUGCCCCUUGCGGCCGCGAGUCCCAGCGACCUUCCGGGCACUCAGGGCCUCACGCCCUGGGGCCGCGAGGGAGUGGAGCAGACUCUCACCUUGACUUCGCGCGGACAAGCCCCGGGGAAAGGCGUGCAAAGUGAAGCUCAGAUGUCGCCGUUCUCGGGGCAUCCGCCGACUCUUCUGCAGCAGAGGGCGACGGGUCGGCGGAGCUCUGAGGGCGGUGCGAAUUCGGCUGGAGGGGGGCCUACCACCUCGGGUUCUGGUUUCCCUGCGGGGCCAACUUCACGGUUUCCAAGUGCCCUUUCAGUCCCCUCUGCUUCACCCCCUCCGCCCCCACCAGCGGGGGUGCCUCGGCCUCUGUCCGCUUCUCCUUCGCGCCUGGGGGCUUCUAAGGGAUCUCAGAACCCGGGCGAAGGCGGCGCGGCAGAGAGCGAGUGGAACGCGCAUGCACUCCGCAGAGGCGAAGAGGAGAAGAAUGGAGGCGCGAAUGCUGGAGUCAGGAGUCGACCUGUGGGGUUUCCUCCUCAGUCUCCACACAUCCCUGAGACCCGAACGACAUUGGGUGGAGACGGCUGGUCCGUGAACACAAAUGCCUGGUCCCCGCUCCCCUCAAUGGCUUCGCUCCCUGACGCAUCUCGGACCGAGACGUCUUGUUCCAGGGGUGCACCCUUCUCUACCUCAGGCGCUUUCCAGCCUCCUCUGCCCGAAGCCACUGCUCCUGAGGGACGCGCCCCGCCUCUGGACCAAGAGAAACUGUUUCUUCUCCUUAUGCUUCUGUUGAGGUCGCAAGGCGGUCGAGCGGGCGGCGGGGACGACGGCUUGCAGCGCGAACGGGGGCGCGGGAUAGCGCACUCGACGACCCCGCUGUCUCUCAACAGUCUCGCUUUUCUCCUGUCGCAAGCGACGCAGGCCUGGGGACGCCCGGAAGGAGACAGGAGCAGAGUCGAAGAUAGUCGUGCAAGAGAGGAACAGAGACGGCCUUCUCUAAGUUCCCCCCUGCCCGUCUGGUCCCCAGUGCGCGCGCCGCCGAUGUCGCCCUCCUCGCCAGCUGCGAAGCUUCUCGGCUUGCGGCAUGCAUGCGCGCGAAAAAGCGGUCGGGGCGAGGGGGCAGCCGAGUGGGUUCGCGGAGACGCACUCACCGAGUGGCCUGAGGGCGGGGCGAAGGCGCAAGGAGGCCGCGAGGAAAGGGUGCGAGAAGAGAGAACGCUACGCCUCGCUUUUCGAGCAGACGCCUUUUCCAGAAAACACAAGCAGGACGGCACAGAGGACAGAGAACGAAGGGCGAGAAACUCAGAGGGGGGAGAGGCACUCCGAGACGACGCCUGCGGAGUCUCCACCCACUCGCAGGCGUCGGCGCUGUGUGGUCUGGAGUCCAGCGAGGGGAGGGCGUCCCGAAAGGUGAGUCUCUGCCUGGGGACCCGCCGUCCAAGCGCAGACGACGAGUGCAUGCGGUACUCCGGAGUGUCUGUACACCCGAGUGGCUAUUCCACGGUGACGCGCCGCCCGCGAACAGUCAGCGACUCGGUGGUUUCUUUUCAACAGUUUCAGACGAGACUCGCGCCUGCAGCCUCGCAGUGCGACGGCCACACUCAAAAGCUGUGUCGAUCUCUGUGGCUUGGGCCUCUCCGGGGUCGCGAAAACCUUUCCGGUCGUUUGCCUGAGGAACGACUCCCGCCUCCGCCCCCACCGCCUCCGCCCCCGCCGCCUCCGCCGCCCCCCCCCUCUGCUGUCUCUUCUCGCGCGGCGCUCUCGCCUUCGGUGCCCCUCACUUCCACGGGGCUCAUUGGAUGCAUGCGGGCACCUGGACCGCGGCUGUCGCCUUCGGCUUCGAUCUCCAUUACUGGCAAAGGCGGUCUACACGAGUAGCGCGCAGAGGCGCUCUGCACCAGCAAUUGGCUUGUUGCCUCGAAACAAAAACUCUGCAUGCAGCCUGCCUGCAGUGAAGAGCGCGAAGCAGCCGCGGGCCUCUCAGCGAUGGCGGCGGCGCAAGGAGCGCGCCGAAGUGAGGCUUCGUCACUACAACCUUUCCGUCAGUCACAUUUCGUCCGAUAUCUGUGCUACUUUUAUGGUCAUUCAGCAUGUGUAUUGACAGCGCGGAAAACACAGUUGCAUGUGUUUUUUUAUGUCUCUAAUACCGACAGUGCAUUCCCAGGGGAAUGGGUGGAUCGAGCAUGCAUAGGACUCUACAGAGUGUACAGACAGUGUGUGUAAAGGGAGACGACCGACUGCACAAAGGCAGUGCAUGGACAGUUUGAGGAGAACAGGAGUGUGCAUUCUUUUGUGGCUCGCCUGCCGCUCUGUUUCUUCUCGUUCUGUUCUCCUGACUAUGCCUCUGGGUCACCUUCCACGGCAUGCGCUUCUCCUCUGAAGCCUCUGAGCUCGGCUAUCCACCCACAUGCAGCCAGGGAAGAAAGGUGAAGAGGUUCAGG